AGGCCCUUUAAGGGCCUUUCUUCUAGAUCAUCAAUCAGAUUUUCAGAUUUAGAAGAUUACACCAAUAACAGCGAGCGCUCACUUAACUGUUGAGUCUGCUGAACGCAACCAGUGUGAGAGAAGAUUUUAGUUAUCUCACUCACACUAAUGGAUACUAUAUCACCUGUGUUGUUUGUUGGAAAGCACCCCAAAUGUUUACGCGGGAGAGAAAUCAGCAGGUCGAUUAACCUAACCUAACCUCAAAUACGCGCGCCCGAUCUUCGGACGCAAUAAUCGCUCCUGGUACAAAUUUUCUUUUUUUGUCGGUAACAUGGAGCUUUUUGAAGAUCCCGUUUUUAAAACCAAGUACUUGAAGAAUAAGAUACGCGUAAAACGAUGGGAGAGCGAAUUCAUGGAAAAAUACGGACGCAAACCUAAUAAGAACGAUAUAAAGGAAGCGGACGUAGCUAUUAAGGAAGCGUACAAGAUGUAUUGGAAAUUAAAAACACGAGCACUCGAGGAAAGUCUCACGGAUAUUACUUUCUGCGACGACGUGCGAGACAAUAUCUCGAAUGAAUCACCGCGUAAGUUAAUAAAUAGUCCAAAACCGAACAAGACUCCAGAGAAAGCUGCAAAAGGCGCGGAAAACAUAGAUCCUUACGAUUGUAAACGUUCGGCGGAACUUAAAGGCUCCUUUAAUCAGCUGAGGGAUUCGGCAAACGUUGAAGGAGUUUGGGGUGACCAUCUGAACAGAAAUAAAGAACAAGCGCCAAAGAAGAAAGAGGCCCUGUUGAUUGGUAGAUCUUCUUCUUUUCAACUGUCCAGAAAUAAAUUUGAGAGUUCAACAUUUACUAAACGUAAUCCGAGGAAGUCGCUAUCAUCGGCCAAAAUAAGAAACAGAUCUGAGAAUAAUAUCCUGAAUAGCUCGAGCGUUGAUCGUUUGGAUGCAGACAACAGUAAGGAUGGCUUUGAUGUGACGCUUGACGAGACCAAUACUGUAUUCGACGAAUCGAUGAAAGACGCGGUUGGUUAUCACUCAACCUUGAUGAAAGUGACGUUUGACAAGAGCCAAUCUGUCACAUCGCAUUCCGUCAACGCCGUCCAACAUUUGGCCGACGGCCGUGUGACCGGCGUGAGCCGUAAUUUGAAUCCAGGUUGGCUAGAUCGAUGCGCGAAGGACAGCACUUUGGAAAUGACGACGAUUAACCCGCAGAGGCUGUCAGGCACCAGUGAUUCCGGUGUAGAAUCCAUGGAAUCCAGCAUUUAUUCCCCGAAAGAAGGUUUAGUGUCUACGGUGCACUCCGCGUCGUCGCUCCAAGUUUCCGACGAGGAGGAAUUUAUAUGUAACAGCGAGUCUGAAGAGGAGCGUACGAAUAAACGCGUCAGAAACUUCAAGAAGUGUUUGAACGACCAGGAUGGUCGUCCCACAAAACGACAAUGUAUUCAAAUUGAUUCUAAUAUAACCGAUAGUGAUACAUUCAAGUUGACUUCCGCUGAAAUUAAAUCAUCUGGAUCUGACAAUCUCAUCGCACAGUUUUUUGAAUCGGUUUCCAAUGAUACGGUGGAGAGAAACACAUCGACAUCCUCGAGCACAAAAUUGACCGCGAAAGAGAAGCUGGAGAAGAAAAUGACUGCUGGAACGAUGAAUGAUAAUUUUGUUAGGAUAAAUUUGAAGAAAAAGGUAUUUGUGCGGGGUAAGAAGAACUUCAAUUUUAGCAAAUAUAAAAAGAAUCAAUGGAAACAAAGAAAGAAGGAUUUGGCGUCUAGCGAGAGUAAUUUGGAUGCGGCUGACUUUAUUGACAAGAACGGUAUGACGUGCCUCAAAUGCGGCGAGUCCGGGCACUUUGCUAAGAACUGUUCGACUUUCAAGGGCAACGCUCUUCUACCUUUAGAGGAAAUCGACGAUUCGUCAAACUUCCCGACUUUAGAAGAAGCCGAAAAGAUGGCGAGCAAGACUGCCGUUGUCGCUCACAGCCACAAAAUCGAGCGACUUCCUGAAAGACCAUCCUAUUCUGCUAUGAAAACUUCACGAGACGAAAAAGCAGAGUUGGUUACUACCCUAUCCUGCAAAGAAGACAUGAUGGAAUUAUUCAGCGAUGAUUUUCCGGACCUCGACGAGAGGAGCGAAACAUCAACUUGCGGGCACAAAGUACCACAAGAAUUGGUUGCCAGAUUAUUGCCGCUCCAAAUGGAAGCAAUCGAUCCAUUGUAUGAUAUGAAUGAGGAUGGUAGUCUUAUUAAGACUCCCGUGGAAGUCUUUGAGGCGUUACACAUGUUUGGUCAUGAGAAUUUUAGAGCUGGCCAGGAAAAGGCAGUGAUGAGAAUCUUGUCCGGCCGGUCUACCCUGGUAACGUUAUCAACGGGCUCUGGAAAAUCUUUGUGCUAUCAAUUACCAGCGUAUUUAUAUGCUCGACGUUCUAAUUGUAUCACUUUGGUGAUUUCGCCUCUGGUGUCCUUGAUGGAUGAUCAAGUAACGGGCGUACCUUCGUUUCUGUCUGCCGCGUGCCUGCAUACUGGUCAGUCGGACAAAGUAAAGCAGCAGGUGAUACAGUCGGUAAAAGAUGGCAAGGUGAACAUUCUGCUAGUGUCACCAGAGGCGGUGGUGGCCGGCGAGAAAUCUACCGGUUUCGGCGCUCUCCUCGGGCAACUACCGCUAAUCGCAUUUGCCUGCAUCGAUGAAGCUCAUUGCAUCUCUCAGUGGUCGCAUAACUUCCGACCUUCUUAUCUGAUGGUUUGUCGGGUGCUUAAGAAGAAGUUUGGAGUGAAAACUGUAUUGGGACUCACAGCAACCGCAACGAGAACGACGGCAGAAAGUAUAAUAAGACAUUUGGACAUAGAUGACGGUAUGGCUGGUGUUAUAUCGGAUAUGCCUCUACCCAGAAACCUCGUCCUAACGGUGUCCAAGGAUGAGAACAAAGACCAGGCUCUGAUCGCGCUGUUGAAAAGCGAAAGGUUCCGCGAAUGCGAUUCUGUGAUAGUUUACUGUCUUCGUAGAGAGGAAUGCACGAGAAUCGCAGGGCUGUUAAGAAUAUCGCUGCAGGAUCCACAAAAUCCUGAGAGACCAAAUUUGAAGAUAUCUACAAUAGCUGAGGCUUACCACGCUGGUAUGACGUCUUAUAGACGUAAAAUUGUGCAAAAAGGAUUUAUGAAUGGGAAGAUUAAAAUUGUGGUUGCCACUAUUGCAUUCGGGAUGGGUAUCAAUAAACCAGACAUUCGAGCCGUCAUUCAUUACAAUGUUCCUGGCACCUUUGAAGGAUACGUACAAGAAGUCGGUCGUGCUGGAAGAGACAGUACCACUUCACACUGCCAUUUAUUCUUGAACCCUACGCAAGACAGCGAUAAGUGGGAAUUGCGCAGACACAUACACGCGAAUGGUAUCGACAGGCAUACGAUUAGACAUCUACUUCAAAGGAUUUUCAUUCCUUGUUCCUGUGCAAAGAUCGAGAAGGAUUCGGGCCAAAGAUGUCCUGGUCACGAAGUUGCUCUUCCAAUUGAUGAAACCGUUCAAGCUCUUGACAUUACGCAAGAAACUAUUUCGACGUUAUUAUGCUAUCUUGAGCUACAUCCAAAAAGAUUCGUUACUGUAUUAUCAUCUGUGUACAUUCGAGCGAGAGUUUCAAGCUAUGAAGGACCAAAAGCUCUUAAACAAGCUGCACAAUCUUCUCCGCCGCUUGCAAUGGCAAUAGCGUUGGAUAUGAAAAACGGAAUUUCACAUGAAAAUAGUAACAUUAUAGAAUUUUCAGUAAUUGAUGUUGCAUCAGCCAUCGGAUGGGACAGUGGCGUAGUAAAGAGUCAUCUUAAAAGUUUAGAAUACAAAACAAUUGACGGAAAAAUAAAACGUUCGGCUAUAUCCGUACAGUAUGACAAACUUGGUUUACGAGUGAAAGCACCAGGCGAUCUCACGGACCUUGAAUUGGACGAGGCACUCGACGCACUAAUUGUGCGUACUCAAACGCAAGAGUCCUUGUGUCUACAGCAACUGGAACUUAUAUUCUCUGCGCUUGAUAAAAUCAGCGUGCCAUCGAUCAAAUAUUGCUCGAACCUAGAUGAUGAUAUGAUGAAGAGAUCAGAGGAGCUCAAACAUACUAUCAGAGAAUACUUUCAAUUGGAUUCUUUAAAUAAUCUCGACAUCAAUUUUCAGAAUGAAGUGACGAACGAGCAGCAGAUUGCAACAGAUGUUCGCAGUUUGAUAAUACAUUACAAGGAUACGAAGUUUACUGGUCGUGCCGUGGCUCGUAUCUUUCAUGGAAUACAAAGUCCGAAUUAUCCUGCAAUAAUUUGGAAUAGAUGUCGUUUUUGGAGAGUUCAUAUCGCUUCGGAUUUUAACACAAUUUGCAAAAUCGCGACCAAAGAAAUUCUAGCGUUACGAUAACGAAUUUGAUUUUUGACUGAAUAAUAAUAGAAUUAACGCAUUAUAUUUAAUCUGAGUUUAAUUUAAUAUUGAGUUUUAAUUUUUGUGUCGUAAUAUAAACUCUUAUAAUUCAUCGAAAUGAAUUGACUUGACGAAAAGUUUCGAAUUUCUCUUAAAGAAUAAUUUGUUUUCUUGCUUUCAACAUUUUAUUAAAUAUUAAUUCAUUGAAAUUUAUUGGAACAAUGAAUUAUAUCAUAUUUAAAAAGAAACGUAGUAAUUUAAUUUACAAUUUGAAUAUUGUGAUAUUGGAUUUUAAUAAAGAAAAAGGUAAAGUGUUAUGUAAAAAAAUAAUUAUGUAGAAUCAAGAUUCUUGUUUUCCCCUGCAUAUUUAUACACACUUUCUUCAUAUACAAGACGUCAGUUCUCAAAUGAGAAGCGAGAAAUCAUAUAAAUCUUUCGAGGAAGCUCCGUUUGCCGACAAAACAAUUGCCUACAGCUUUAUUUGGACAUUAUUGUACACAGCGCAUUGCACACACGACUAUAUUACACACAAUACAUUGCGUAUACGACAAUAUUGCACAUAGCACAUUGCACAGUAUUGCAUACACGACAAUAUUGCGCACAGCGUUUUGCACAUACGAUUGCAUUGCAUAUAACAUAUUGCAUACACAAUUUAUUAAGCACAUUGCAUUGAAUACCCGAUAAUAUUGCAUAAUAUGCUUCGCAUAUACAACCAUAUUGUGUACAUACAUACACGUUCGCUUUAUACACACGAUCACAUAUGAUCGCAUAUGAUCAUAGGUGCGUUUCGUUAUUCAUUCACAAUCAGUGUACUGAAAAUCUAUAGUUUAUGUUACAUAUACUAUGGAUUUUCAGUAUUCUUAGUAAAUUUCAGAACGCAAUUCAUGAGUAAAUAUUCACAAAAAGUCACUUAAUUGACUUUUAAAAGUCAAUGACCUUGAUAUAUGUUGUCAAGGUCAUGAUCCUGAGUGACUUCAAGAGCUUUUAGCCGUCGCUCGUUAUUCAUUAAAAGGUUACAAAAAGUUACAAAAAUUGACUUUAUAAGAAAGUUGAAAUUAUAGAGUUAAUUUUUAUAACUUUUAUUGUGUGUAUUUUGUGUGUGUGUGUGUGUGUGGGGGUGUGUGUGUGUGUGUGUGCGCGCGUGAGCGUGUGUGUUUGUGUGUGUGUGUGUAUAGUUGUAUAUGGAGAAAUGGAAAUUUGUAUACAAUUGUUUCUUUGUGUAAACAGGGCGGUUCACCUUUCGGGUUUCGCCUUCCUGUGGAGAUCAUCUAGAUGAACUUAAUACUUCACAGAAAUACACGUUUAUAUUGUUAACUUUUUUUAAUGUAAUCAAUUGAAAUGUGGUUAUAUGGCACGUAUUGGUGUCACAACCCAUUAUCAGGGGAAGCUGCUUUUUUGGCAGAUUUCACCAGCUUAAUUAGCGGCUCCGGCGACAAUUCCUCAUCAUAGAGGAAGUAUAUCGAGCAUACCACUUUCCUUCUUCUUCCGGAAUCAUUAGUGACGUAGCUGUAUGCACCGGCUUGUUUCCUCGUCAGAACUGCUGAGGCUUCUUUUGCUGUGAUACAAGUUAAUUCAAAGAUCACUCCGAUCCAGCCCCUAUGUAGGUUUCCUAAAAGUUUCCUCCUUGCCUCCCUUAUCUAGAUCCUACUCUUAUCUCCAAAAUAAGGUUCCUACCAUUGCUGGUAGCCCUCGACAAACAUUUUCCAACCUGCGGUGUUGAGAUCCGGAUUCUGCGCCCUUCUGUACUGUCUUUGAAACUCCACUAAUCACACUAUCUUGAGUUUGGCGUUUUCCCACGGCGAGAUGUCUCUGAUCCAUUCUUGGAGCCAACUCAGAGAUGCCUCAUCCGCGCAUUUAAUCACAGCAGCCCCUCUCCCCCUGUCAAGAAAGGUGCGAUGAAGUCUGGAUCUCAUCAAUCUCCUUACUGACUGCUCUCCUCAGAAGUGCCAACUGCUCAUCGAUAAACACCUCGGGGUAGCUCUGAGUAACAAUUAUCCUUGUUAGGAGAUCUGCCGCAUUAGUUGCUUUUUAGCGGGUCUUUCUGCCGAAAGAGGAAUUUCAUAAACAAAAAUAAAAAUUUUAUUCAGAAAAAAGUUAGUGAUAGUUUAUGUAAUUAGAGAAAUCAAUAAAAUUUAAUUAUUCCGUAUCUGAUUUAAUAUUUCACUAAUUUAACAUUUCUAGGACUAGAUAUGGUCGGCCGAUUACCAGUGCUACGAUCAGGUUGCAAUUCCGAUGUAGAGGUCUGAUUUAGACACGAAUCCAUUUGAACUUUAGAAUAAGUUUUUCAACAAAUCGUGAAUAAAAGUGAUCACAAAACGUUUGAUAUUUUUGAAUUUUACACUCUUUAAUUAUCUUAAGGGGGGAAAUUCAAUUAGAACUUUCAAAAAAUCGAAUUUUUUUUUUUGCAUAAAAUGUUUAUUUAACAUUGUAAGAAUAUGUUCCCAACGUUUUAAAUCGAAAUUCGCAGCCAUUCGGAAGUUAUGGCCUCCGAGCGCAACAAAUCUCUUGAGCAGCGUCGAAGCUCUAAUAGCACGCAGCAGGUAUAUUCACCCGGAGCGGGGAUUUUACCUUUCAGGGCUGCGAUCCAAAACGUAUAGAGAUGUAACUAGAGUUUUACUGUAGGAUUUGGAACGCACCCCUGGUAGACGGCUUUUAUUUCUGUUGUUACGUUUAGUCGAAACCGUUGGGUCCGUUGGCGCUGGCAUCGAGCAGAACCGGUUCUCAGUUUAGCUCCGAAGUUCGGCCUGUACAAAACGACAGUGCAAAUUCGAAAUGUCCUAUCCGAAAGGCACACACGCCGAACCGAAACAAUCGAAACCACGCAAAAGAAAGUUCCAUGGUAAUCAGUUUUCAAAUAAAAAGAGUGCAGAUGAAGAAGGAUGUGAAAGUACGAGUGCAAGAAAACUCCAAUGCUAGUGCUGAAGAUAUUCACUGGAAUCCAUUGCAUGGCUAUCGUUUGAUUGAAAUAUUCACCGUUUUUACAGCCUUGACAGAGCUCCUUGUUUGUCGUGUUUGUAAACAGAAUGUAAAGUUUGAAGAAGCUGGGAAUCGAGGCCUCGGUUUCAAGAUAGUUUUACUUUGUCGCUGUGGUCAGAGAAACAUCAAUUCAGGACCACUAAUCAACACUGAAUACGAAGUGAAUCGUCGGAUGGUGUUUGUUAUGCGACUCUUAGGUGUUGGCAGAGAGGGUAUUAAUUUAUUCUGCAACCUCAUGGACAUUUGUAAAGGAAUGAAUGAGAGCACGUAUAAUAAUAUUAUCACGUAUAUUCACUCCUGUACAAAAUCUGUUUUUGAAAGUCUCUGCAAGAAAGCUAUCGAAGAAGAAAAAAAAUUCAAUGAAGAACAUGAGAGGUCUAUUUUAGAUUUGAAAGUCUCUGGAGAUGGCUCGUGGAAAAAACGUGGAUUCAAAUCGCUGUACGGAGUUGUAACGGUCAUAGGCUACUAUUCGGGCAGUCAUCGAUUUAGUUAUCAAAAGUAGCUAUUGCCAUGCAUGCACAUUUUGGAAAAAGAAGGUGAACACUCCAGAAUACGAAGAGUGGUAUAUAAAUCACGAGGAAGAGUGUACAAAAAAUCACGAGGGCUCAGCCGGAAAAAUGGAGGUCGAUGCGAUUACAGAAAUCUUUUUAAGAUCAGAGGAAAAGUAUGGCGUUAAAUAUGGUAAUUAUAUUGGAGACGGAGACUCCAAAACUUUCAAGGCCAUUCUAGAUAAGAAUCCUUACGGUGAUGAAUUUCAAGUUGCAAAAAGCGAAUGCAUUGGCCACGUAGCGAAAAGAAUGGGCACUCGGCUCCGAAAUAUAAAAAAAACACAAAAACUCGGUGGUAAAGGCAAACUAACGGAUGCUUUAAUUAAAAAGCUCACAACGUACUACGGUCUGGCAAUUAGAAGAAAUGCGAAUAGUAUUGAGGGAAUGAAAAAAAGUAUUAUAGCCACUUAUUACCAUUUGAUCUCUACGGAUGAGAAGCCACAGCACGAAUACUGCCCGCCCGGCGAAGACAGCUGGUGUAAGUGACAGAAAGAAAAAGCUAUUGGAGCAAAUUUGGAUUCUUUCGAGCACCCUCCUCCACUCGAUCCAACAGUCGCAAAACACAUUCUUCCAAUUUAUGAAGAUUUAUCUAAGGAAGAAUUACUUCAGAGAUGCUUGGGCAGUCAUACGCAGAAUUCAAACGAAAGUUUCAAUUCUACGAUUUGGCGUUUAGCUCCAAAACAUCUUAAUUCUGGGCUGAAAAUAGUUGAAAUUGCAUCCUACAUCGCUGCUGGAGUCUUCAAUGAAGGAUAUUCUUCCAUUCUACAAAUUAUGAUGGAGUUACAAAUAAUUAUUGGGAGCCAGACCAAGAACUAUGCUGAGAACGUCGACGGGCGCCGGGUAUCUCGACAGGAGCGGCGCAACUCUUUCAACUCUAAAGAAGCUCGAAAGGCCCGAAGAGAGCAGUUAUUGGAGCAGAACGAGUUCUUCGAGGAAGCAGAAGGAUUGUUCUAUGGCGCCGGGAUUGCUGACUAAGAGGAUCAAUAUCACGCCAUUUGUCCAGCAGCUGAGCAACUCGCACGCGGACCUGCCAAAUGGGAUGCUUCAUAUGUCCGCCAUUUUUAAAUAUUUUUGGAAAAAAAAAUACGUAUGGACAGUCCAAAUCAUAUAUAAAUAAAUGUAAGUUCGAAAAAUAUAGAAAAAUUCUUUUUCCUACAAAAAAAUUCUUGAAAAUAGCUUAUUUUUCCUCGUUCUAAUUGGAUUUCCCCUCUUAAAUCAAUAAGUUUUCAAAAU